AUGUACGAGGAGUUGUGUGCUCUUGGGUGCACCGGUAUGUGGGAUCUUGUGCCUCUCCAACCGGGGAAGUCCUUGAUAUCUUGUCGUUGGAUCUGUAAAAUCAAGACUCACUCUGAUGGUAGUAUUAAGCUCUAUAAAGCGCAUCUCGUUGCACGUGAUUUUGAUCGGGAGUAUGAGAUUGAUUAUGAGGAGACCUUUGCUCCUAUUGCCAAAAUGGCUUACGUUCGAGGAACUCUAUAUGCAGCCACCUCCCGGUCCGGUUCAUUCUGCUGGUUAGAUGUUAUUCGGUCAGCUGAUUUUGUUCAGAGUGAGAAUGAUCAUGCUGUGUUCACUCACACUUCUCCCGCUAGUUGUACUAUUCUGCUACUCUAUGUUAAUGAUAUGAUUAUUACUAGGGACGAUUUUGCUCAUAUUACUUAUACUAAGCAAUAUCUUCACCGUCGGUUUGCUAUGACGGAUCUGGGUUUAUUACGUUAUUUUCUCGGUAUUGAGGUUGCUCGUAGUCGACUAAGUAUUCUUCUCUCCCAGCAGAAGUACAUCUCUGACAUUUUGGCUCGUGUUGAGUUAUCUGAUACUCAUACUGCGGCUACUCUCGUUGAACUUCAUUUACGGCUUCGUGCGGGUUAUGGUGAGCCUAUGUCUAAUGUCACUUGCUACCGGGCUCUUGUUGGCGGUCUCGGUUAUCUUAUGACCAUUCGUUCUAAUAUCGCCUAUGCUGUUCAUCUUGUUAGUCGGUUUGUAGCGGUUCCUCGUAUAGUUCAUUAUGUUGUUGUACUUCGGAUUCUGCGAUAUCUUCGUGGUACUAUGACACGCUCAUUUUUUCUCCCAUCGACUUCCUCACUUGCUAUUCGUGCUUACUACGAUGCUGAUUGGGCUUCAAAUGUCACUGACCGCAAGUCCAUUACAGGAUUUUGUGUCUUUCUUGGUGAUUCUUUGAUUUCUUGGUGUGCCAAGAAGCAGACUGUCGUGUCUUGCUUUUCUACUGAGUCCGAGUAUCGUGCUAUGGUUGACACUACAGUUGAUAUCAUUUGGCUUUGUCGUCUCCUUGCUGAUCUUGGUAUUGGCUCCUCUGCUCCCAUUCCUCUUCAUUGUGACAACAAGAGUUCUAUUCACAUUACUACAAAUCCAGUCUUUCAUGAGCGUACCAAGUACAUCGACAUUGAUUGUCAUAUCACGCGUCAUCAGCUCCAAGCACGUAUAAUUUCUCUUCCCUUUGUAGCCUAUGUAGCCCAGCUUACCGAUUUAUUCACCAAAUCUCUUACAUCAUAA